AUGAAACAGGAGAUAGAAAUGGAGAGUCGCGACACCUAUAAAUACUCUACCGACAGCGAGGAAUUGCCACUCAACGCGGCGCUGGACACAAACCGUCUUCUGGUUGGUGGCCCGUGUUCCUCUAAGGGCUGUCAUUUGUCCUCGGUCACUUCGACCAAUCAGCAAUCAGGCUCAGCCUAUGACCCGGUUGCUGACGCUCCUGACAUAGGCAACGCUCAACGCUUGGCUCUAGGAGCACCAGUUCAAAGUGCAAAAGGCACAUCACAACCACCACUGCCUCCUGUUCCCCUCGAGGGUCUCUUUGGCCUGUCCGAUAGCUUAAAGAAUAUGAAUAACUCUAUGAUGCUGACUACUUCACCUGACGUCAAUGAAUGUCCUACACCCCACAUUCGUCACGGCGGUGGUCUCGUCGUCAAUGGAAAACGACUUACCGCAUGCACGUGGCGAGAAUUUUUACUCAUCAUCCUCUGCGUUAUUCUCACCACCCUCCUCAUUAUCAUCCUCUUUCUCUACUUUGGAACACCAAAAGAUGACAUCUGUCAGACAGUGGAGUGUGUUGAAACAGCAUACAAAAUACUCUCUGGAAUGAAUCAAUCUGUGGAACCGUGUGAAGACUUCUACAGUUAUGCAUGUGGUGGGUGGAUUGAGAAGCAUCACAUCCCUCCCGGCACCAACAGUUGGACUGUCUUCUCUGAGUUAGCGCAAACUGCUGAGUACUUUGCCAAAGAAUUGCUGGAGAAAGAAGCCACUCCAAAUGACAGUCGAGGCUUACAAUUGGCAAAGACGUACUUCGCUUCAUGCAUCAAUGAACAGGCGGUGAAUAAUUUGGGCUUGACACCGAUCAAAUCGAUGCUGUCACACCUUUUUGGCGGUUGGCGUCUUCUGUCUAAUCACACAUUGGGCGGGCGGUCGGACAGUCCUCAAACCGAUCCCUUCAUCACCGGCAAAUACGAUCUCACGGAGCUGAUUCAAACCUUCCUACGUUUUGGUCAUGGUGAUGUAACCUUUCAGGUGGUGCAACACUUUAAGGAGUUCAUGCGCACGUAUGCUGAAAUGCUGGGCGUUCCAAAGUCCGAGCUCUCAGCCAUGGAUAGGAUUUAUGAGCUGGAAACGUUGAUGGCACAGAACAUGGAACCAAGGGCCCGUCAAAGCAUUGAAACAAAUUUUUUCAAAUUGAAUAUGACUGAAUUGCAAAAGUUUUGUCCAGUGGUACGUCAUCAUCUGUUUACAAUUGAGUGGAAACGUCUCUUCAACGGCCUAUUUAGUGCAGUCAACUACUCCAUCACCGACCUCGAGACAGUCAUCAUUGGCGACUAUCCCUUCUUUGAAAAGCGUUGUAAGGUCUAUGCUGAGUACAUGGCCUCGACAGAGAAAAUCAAGUAA